AUGUCUGAACAAGUUGAUACAUUUCUAGCCAUUACUGGCUCAAGUGAUGGGAAAGUUGCUGAGCAUUUCAUUGAUAUGGCUGGUGGUGAUAUUGAGACUGCUAUUUCAUUAUUCUUCGAACACGGUGCCUCAGCUGCCCAGCCUUCAAAUCCAAAUACAACGCCUCCAUCACAUACGGAUGAUGAUGCAGCACUAGCUGAAAGACUACAAAAUGAAGCAUACCAAAACCAACAAGCAAAUGAACCAAGAGCUCCAGAUGCUGCAGUGCAUGAAAGAUUAGUUGGUGGUGAAGACCAUUUUGGUGUGUUCCCUGGUACGUUUGGUGGUGUUGGUGGUUCUUUUGGUGGAUUGUUAAAUAGACCAGCCCCACAGGAUAUAUUUGGUAAUGCUAGACCAGGUAUUUUCAAUCAACGUGAUGAUGAUUUCCCUCAAGAUGACUCUGAAGAAGAAGAUAAAGUGGUGGAAGUGGAUAGUGACGGUGAUGUUAUUGAAAGUCGUCGUGAUGAUGGUAUGAGUGAGACUCAAAGACGUUUAGCUAGAAUAUUCCGUCCGCCUUUUGAUAUAAUUGAUAAAUUGGAUUUGAACAGUGCGAAACAAAAGGCUAGAAAGGAAAAGAAAUGGCUGUUGGUCAACAUUCAAGAUAAUGCUGAGUUUCAAUGUCAAGUUUUGAAUAGAGAUUUUUGGUCAAAUGGGAACGUGAAGGAUUUGGUUAAAGAUAAUUUCAUUUUCUUACAAUAUCAAAAAGAGUCAAGAAGUGGUGAAGAAUACUCUCAAUUCUAUCAUUUCUCAGAGUACCCCCAUAUUGCAAUUCUUGACCCAAUUACAGGUGAGCGUCUUAAAAUGUGGUCAGGGGUACCUGCUACCAAUAGUUGGAUUCAAGAAGUGUUUGACUUCCUUGCACAAUUUUCAUUAGAACCUGGUCAUAUAAAUCCAACAGUCAGUCAUAAAAAGAAGAUAGAUCCAUCAACAUUAACUGAAGAACAACAAAUGGAGCUGGCUAUUAAAGAAUCUUUAGGAAAGAAAGAACAAGAUCACGAUGAUGUACAAAUACUGCAUGGCGGUGAACAAAAUGAUCCUAUUGAAAUUGAUGAUGACGUUGACGAAGAACCUAAAGAAUUGACUGAACAAGAGAAAUUUCAAAAAAUUCAAGCAAUUGACCAUCCAGAACCCGAAGCAAAUCCUGCAACUACAACAAGGGUACAAAUUCGUUUGGGGGAUGGUUCCCGUCAAGUUCGCAGAUUCAAUACUGAUGAUAAAGUUGUUGUUAUUUAUGAAGUAUUGAAAGCUACAGUGGAGUCAGUUAAAAAUGGUGAAGCUUUCACAUUGACCAGUCAAAGAGAAAAUUUGAUUGGUAAAUUAGAUGAAACGAUAAGUGAUGCUGGUUUGAAGAACGCAUCUAUACUUCUGGAGUUGGUUGAUAAAGAAGAUUAA